AUGUCAAAGAUGGCGGACAGAGUUUUAUUGGAUACAUAUGACAAGAUAUCCUCCGACAAGCCCCCGGAGCGUUCGAGCGGUUUGGCCGAGCUCAAACAAAUCCUUUCGCAUAGCAAAAAUAGCAAAGACCUCGGUGACAAAGGCUACCACAAGAUGUUUGAAGCAAUCUUCGAAGUAGCCUUGAAGGAAAAGGCGCUGUACACACGGCAAAAAAAGCCUUCGUCGAUAAUUAUAGGCCGGUUUUCUCUUUGCGGCUCUGUUUUCAGGCUAGCCGUGGAGCUCGGCGUGAAGCAAAUCAAGACCAAGACGUUCAAAGCUGUCUACAGUCACAUUAUCGAUAUACUGCCUCAAAAAGACGGACUUUGCGAGCCGAUCAGCCUCGAUUACCUCAGAGCACUACGGUCUUGUCUCGAGUAUGCACCACAUGCAGAACACUUGGCGCCAGACGAUUGGGAAAUGAUUGCCACCUUUUGCUGUACAAAUGUAGAGUCCCAGCUACGAAUUGUCACCGAGGAGGACGGCGAUGUCGACAUGGACGUUGAUAGUGAUGAAGGCAUGGGUGAUUCAGUACUAUCUGUACGGGGCGGCAGGCCUAGCUUGGCGCGAGAUUCAUCGUCAAUGUCAAAAGUAACCCGUGUCCACCAGGAUGUACUCUCGGCGCUGAAUUCGAUAUUGGAAGUGGUUACUACGAACAACAUAACUCUUUCGGCCAAAGUCGCCGAAGCCAUUGUGCCGGUAAUUACAAAAAUGUGGGAUUCAAAGUCGCCCAAAGAGCAAAUGAUGAUCACAUUGAUCUAUAUCCAGCCACACCUCCGAAAGCUUAUGCGUAGUCUAACCGGAGCCCUCCAGAAAAACUUUCGGAGAAGGAUUGAGGCUCUUUCGGAGGUUAUUUUUACUGAAUACUCAGCUAGAGCAGAGCGUGAUCAGUUGCAAUUGGAAGACAUCUGCUUUCCGGAUCCGUCCAAGGAUUUGGACAUUGAAGCAACCCCGCUUGCGCUUGCGGCAUAUUGUUUGAGAAGCGAUGUUCCUUCAAGAAUUGAGCAACAAUGGACAGUUCCGUAUUUAAUGGCCAUGCUCAUAGAAAUCCUGGAUCUCGACAGAAAUGAUGAUCAGGAUCGCUCGAAAAGAAGAAAGGUCUCUACAAAGUUUGAUGAGCUGCUGAUGAAUGCGAAAUCCACGAUAUACACACGGAAAAUCUGCGCGCUUCAAACGUUGCCAUUUUUGAUUCGGGAAUCACGGAAGAUUGUAGACCUCGAGGGAUUUUCGUCUUUGAUCACUGAUCUUUUGAAUGUGUGUUCCGACGACAGUCCAGUUAUCUCCUCCUGGGCGAUGCUCUCAAUUUCAAGUUGUGCUUUUUUACGGUUUGCCUCAGAUCCUGGAAAUACCCAAAUAUGGAAUCAAACAUGGCAUCUUUGUGCCCGUUACUCGGCCAAUCUAUCAACUUGCCGCGCUGCGUGCCACCUUAUGCGCAUUCUUCUAGCACUUGAUCUAGUAUCAUACUCUGAGAUAUCUGCAUCGGUCGAUGCUACAAUUCUUUCUAUAGACCUGAGCGGCCCUUCCAAUGUCAUAGAUUCUUCAUUGGCGGUGUGGUGUUUGAUACUCGAGAGGAGAAAUACGGUAGCCCAUUCAUCGUUGCUGCAACCUGGGGAGCGACUUUUUCAAUGGUUCAUCUCAAAGUGGAGACCUGUGGAAACUCUUGAGCGUGUUACUGCUGCUUUCUACGCACACCACGGGACCCCUAAGGACAUUUGUAGCUUUCUCUUCUCAUGUUGUGGGAAGAGGCCUCUGGAAUUCGAUUCUUAUAGCCCGAGAACCUAUGGGUUGGUAGGACAGGCAAUAAUUAGAGUUGCACGUUGCUCAAAAUUGUUGGAUUUUCUCCUGCUUCAAGAGACUUUGGAUUCCUGGAACGAAGCCGAAUUAGUAGGCGCGCCCAAGUUAAAGACGCCCAAGCUGUCUUCGGGUGUUGGCACAGUAUCACAUCCAGGGGUUGAACUUCAGGUUAUCGAAUUUCUAGAUAGGGAGUGUGAAGGGAUUCUCGAGAGGUGGAAGCAGUUGACCCAGACUGGUAUCCAGCAACCAUCCUCCGAUAUAGUUCAAAAUUAUGUUGGAUUUGUCUUCACAGCAGGCAUUAUGUGCUCCGCUAUUAAGCCCAGAGAUACUACGAAGGUGGACGCUCUCGAGAGGAAGCUUGAAAUCCUAACUUUAUAUCUCACUUCAUACAUAGAGCGAGAUGACUGCAGAGAAUUACAUCUUGAUGGCAUCUUAAGAUGUAUGUCAGGGAUCCUCCCAAAGCCUGCCAGCAUAGUUGAUCGAUCCUUCCCCAUCCCAGAAGUUUUUCAAGGUUUUUUUGGUAAUAUGUUGUGCACUAUUUCCAGAGCCUUUGAAAAUAAGGUAAGAAAUUCUGCGAUAAUUGAAGUCACAGAGGGGGGUAAUGAUAAGAUGGAUUUGGAUGAUGGCUUUGGGAUGGAGCUUCGUGGGUUUGGGGAUAAAAAGGAUGGGGAACUGAGUAGAGAAGAGGUUCAAGCAAUGUGUUCUCCAGAAACCUUUCGAUACUCAACUACAGCUCUACUCGCACUCUUCGCAAGAUCAAUUCAAUUCGAAACCUCACCUGAGAUCUGCGGAAGUUUUGCAGGCUAUCUUCAGCAGCUACCAACUUCUCGCUUAAUAAUGUGUCGGCCGCUCUUUCGGGAUUUCCUCACUGCAGCAAGCCUCAAAGAUGACGAUGCCGAUCAGCUAACACAACAUGUGGGCGGCAGUAUUCUUCAGGAUUAUGAAACAGACCGGUGUGAGACAGCGGUAGCGCUCUGUAUAGACCUUUUAAGUGCUUUUGUGGGCAGAUGGGCUAUUGACAAGGCAGGCGGCGAGCUUGCCGCCGAUUGCGAACAAAUCUACGGGUGGAUGGCGAAAGUUGCACUUGAAAGAUCUCUUUUCUCCCAUACCAUACGAACUUCAAUGGCCCAAUUACUUCGGCGCAUGCUUGAAGUGAAUUCGGGAUAUGGGCAGAACUCUAAUAGCACUUCAGCCCGAUCACAGUUUAUAAAACGUUUACAGGACCGAGAUGUUCGAGUAACGUUCUUUAUGGCUAAUUGUACCUCGGUUUUGUUCAAAAUCUACGGGCUUGCAGCUCAUCAAAUAGUCAUGGAUGAUCUCCUUAAACAUCUCACGGAUGAAGUUGAGUGGGUAGAGGGGUUGUCGAUGCGCGUCUACACCUUGUCACAACUCGCAGAUACAACAUUUUCAAUGAACAAAUUGAUCGUUUACCACAUUUUCGACACUGGCCAACUUGAGAGCAUGGUGAAAUAUGCAGCACGAUCUCUUUCAUUCGUUGCGAAAUCACUGAAGCUCGGUGAUCACCGUUCAUUAUUCAAAAAAUUUAGUCCGCAAAUAAUUUAUACCUGGAUCGAAAACGAAGAUUUGGCCGUGUUUCCAUUCCGUGUAUUUGGAUAUCAAAGUCAUAAAGAUCUGUUCUCAGACAUUCAAGAGGAUCUCGUCGCUCAACUCUUGAUGAGGGGCAAGGAUAAUGCGGCCAAAGAGCUUGCCUUGAUGCUGGGGGUUACAUACGAUGAAUUAUUAGAGAAAGGCUUUCACAAAAUAGUUGCCUAUGGUGCGGCAUGGGCAGUUGGAGUGCCUCCAAAAGAAAACAACCGAUACCAGUCGGUUGAUAUGCGGAUUCGAAAGCAUAUGGGCGCCAACGAGUAUAAAACACUACUCGAGAAAAAGUUUGCUCUUAUCAUUGCCUGCUUGUUCCAAAUCAUGCAAGAAGAUGGCACAUCAGAGAAAUUCUUGGCCAGGGAUCCCAAUUUUUCAGUUGCUCGUGAUCUUAUGAAAGGCAUUACUGGAAUAAGUCAUUCGACAGCAAAGCUUCCCGACCCUCUCCAACCAUUCUUUAAAGUGAAGGUUAUCUUGAAUUCUGUUCAUCAUAUUUGUACUAGGGUUGGGUACGACGAUUCCCGUCUUUGGUCCCCUGCAAUGUUCACUUUUGUGGUCCGCCGUCUUUUUGACACGAUGGACCCCGCAUUGGGGUCGCUGCAUGCCUGUGCAGUUCUACGAAAGAUUAGACUGCUCGUAUGUUUGGCACGUGAACAGGCAUUAAGAGGUUAUGCCCUGGAGAUGGUUGUCCAUGGGCUUAAACCGUUCAUUGUCGAUAAAUACUGCACAGAAGAUGCAAUAGGUGUUUUGCAGUAUCUUCUUGACAGGAGCAAAGACUAUCUCUCCCGGCAGCCUGCUUUUGUCACUGGCACAUUCCUUUCUAUUUUAGCACCCUUGAGAGCUUUCAUUCCCGCACCUACAUCUUAUCGUGGAAAAAUAGAUGGCCAACUUUAUGCAAGUCACUCUGCUGCUCGUAAAUUUCGUUCCUGGCUUGGAAGCUUUCUUCUUAAAUAUGAAUUCACGGAGCUUAGUUCCCAACAAAACCAGAUGUUCCAAUCCAUCGUGGAGGCUGCCAUUGAGUUUAAGUCCGGCAAUGCUUCAGCCCGAACCAAAGAGAGCGACCUAUUACGCCAUCUCCUUGACGAUGAUCGCAGCAAAAAUCGCCUAUUAGACGAUGUGUCCAGGGGCCUAGCAUUUUCCCUUGUAUGUUCUGAUUUUCAAAGGCCACAAAGCUUUCGGGACGAUAUUUUUGGAGAGGAUCAAGAUUCAGUAGAACUUUCCAGGGUGCUUCUUCGGACUUGUCGUCGGUUCGAUGUCAAUCAAGGCUUUCUACUCUGGUGUGCCAGGGUCCUAGGAAGAUCGUAUGCUGCAAGUGGGGAAAUUUAUAACGAAUGGACCCAAGAGAUUGAACUGGAAAAGAUGAUUGAAUUUGACAAUAAGCGUUAUGACUUGGAUAUUGUACCGAAGGCCGGUAUCCUUCACCGUUUAAGAAGUCUUUUACUUGGAGAAGACAGGGUUGUAAUCGGUAUCGCUGAAAAAACUCUGGAGACAAUAUUCUUUGAGGAAACAGAGGCCAACGACAUUCCAACCUUUGAUUUCGUUUUUAAGGAAGACUUUUACUCGGCACUUAAAUGGGCAGUCCUUCCAACUUCACUUGCAGAAGCAGAAGUUCCUCGCCCUAUCAUCACUGUCGGAAGGCCAGAAACAUUGCCUGUAGAUGUAUGGAUAAAAGAUCUGGCGGCAGCGAUAUCAACAAACCUUCAGCAGGAUGCUAUAGUUAAAAAUCUACGCCCAAUACUUGAAAAGGUCGAAGGUUUGGCUAAAGAUCUUUUCCCAUUUAUUGUGCAUGUAUUACUCCUGCAUAAUCAUGGAUCAGCAAAGUUGCACAUGGAACUUUCUCAACUUUUUCGAGAUUGUUUCAAGACGUGUACGGAAAAAACUAUUCCGCAUACAAUCAUUCUCAUCAAUACAAUUCUUUAUUUACGCACCCAGCCGAUGGUAGAUGAGGACACACAAUUACCUCGUGAUCAUUGGCUUGAUGUCGACUAUCUAGACAUGGCACAUGCAGCUUGCACCUGUAAGAUGUUUAAAACGUCUCUCCUCUUCGCAGAAAUUCAUCACUCAGAGAGCAAUUCGGAAUUUUCUGAAUCUGACCUCCUCCUUGAAAUCUUCAAGAACAUUGAUGAUCCUGAUUCAUAUUAUGGUGUGGCACAGCCACCAAGUCUUGAAACUGCGGUCAGCCAGUUCGAGUAUGAAGAGGAUGGAUGGAAAAGUUUAUCUUUCAGAGGGGCAAAUUUGGAAAGUCAGUUGCGUCUUGGAUCCAGCUCUAAUGGGCAAGAUGUUGGAGGGCUUGUGGAUGCCUUUAAUUCCAUUGGUAUGAACGGUCUUUCGCACUAUUUCCUGCAGAGUGGAGUGGCCCCGGCAUCAACCACCGAUAAUAUGUUUCGUUCUGCAUGGAAGCUGGAGCAAUGGGAUCUGCCAUGCCCCUCGUCUUGUAAUACACGAUCAGCUAUAGUCUAUCGUACUCUUCAAUCAGUAAAUAACAGUGUCGAUACGCGGGCAAUUCCAUCCCAUUUAGACUCAUCUUUCCUGGAAUUGAUGCUCCAGAUAACUACUCAGAAGCAAACGGGGCAUUCGCUUGGGGCUAAUAUGCGUACACUCGCAAUACUCACAGAGAUGGAGGAAAUACUUGUUUCCAAGGAGGCUGAUCAAUUGGAGAAUGUUUGGGACCGAUUACAAGAGCGUGAGAAUUGGAUGCAUAUUGGGAGAUAUUCCGACGUUGAAGAAAUCAUGGCAAUGCGCCAAACAAUAUUCAGUUCAUUAGCCAAGCGAGAACAUCUUCGCCAUGCUACACACGUCGACAUGAAAACUGCUAGGUUUUUGGAAGCGAAAGCAUUAGUUGACACCUGUAAGAUGGCAAGAAGUCACAAGGUCCUACAGCACUCUUUAUCAGCGGCAACCCAGUUGAGCAAAGCUGUUGGCCCUUGCAAAGAGGUUGGUCUAAAGAUAGAUGCAGUUGCAACCUUGCAAGCCGCAAAUGUUUUGUGGGAUCAGGGACGGGGUGUCCCACCAAUUAAGAUGCUACAAAUUCUCGAAGAGGACGAUCUCAUCAAUCAGCAGAGUAUUGUUACCGGGCGAGCAAAGUUAUUGGCAAAACUGGGUAACUGGAUUUCCGAAGCCCGUCUUGAGAAGCCAGACAAGAUCAUGAGUACCUAUCUAGGCCCUGCCAUUGAGGAACUGAAGGGAAAUCUUUCUGGGCGAGAAGCUGGACGAGUCUUCCAUGAGUUUGCAUCAUUCUGCGACCAGCAAUUACAAAACCCUGGUAAUAUUGAGGAUUAUCGUCGAGCACUUAAGCUUCGAAAAAAUAAAGAAGCUGAAGUGAAAGAGCUGAGUAAGAUACUACGCAAGACUCCAGCCGGUAAUACACGUAAGAGACUGGAAAAGAUGACUGACAAUGCCACGUUAUGGUUGAGUCUGGAUGACGAGGAGUUGAACAAACUUCGAGAGAAUAGUGAUGCUUUCCUUGAGAAGAGUAUUGAGAACUAUCUUCGUUGCCUCGCAGCUUGUGAUGAUUAUGAUAACGAUGCAGUCCGGUUUUGCGCCCUUUGGCUAGAACAUUCCGGCGAUACUAAGGUCAAUAAUGCAGCUAAACGACCUCUCGCAGAAGUUCCUUCUAGAAAGUUUGUACCUCUUAUGAAUCAGCUUUCUUCCAGACUACUUGACGUUCGAGACGAUUUUCAAAAACUUCUAUCCCCUCUUAUUGCCCGGAUAUGUAAGAACCAUCCACACCACGGAACCUAUCAGAUUCUAGCCCUCGGUCGAUCACCUAAGGGCGCCGGUUCGGAGAAACGGGACGCAGCAGCUGUUAAGUUAAUCAGUAAACUUGGUGCGGGGGCAGGGACGAGAGAGAUUUUUGGAAAGCUCUUUAAUUCAACAAAAGCCUACAUCUCUAUCUCCCUCAAACAAUAUAAACCAGAUACAAAGACAGGCAAAAUUCCGUUCAGAGUUCUCGGCCCGGAAAUUCAGUCGGAGUUUAUGAAGGAAAUUCCUAGUCUAAAAAUCCCCCCGCCUACAAUGCAAAUCACUAUCAGGGCGGAUUGCAAUUAUACGAACCUAGCCGUCAUUGAGAAAUUCGAGCCGGAGUUUACUAUGGCAUCAGGACUCAGCGCCCCAAAGAUUGUUUCCUGUCGCGCUUCAGAUGGAGUAAGAUACAAGAUGCUGUUCAAAGGAGGGCCCGACGACCUUCGACAAGAUGCAAUCAUGGAACAGGUUUUUGAACAAGUUAGCAAUCUUUUGAAAAAGAAUCGUACCACACGCCAACGGAAUCUCGGCAUCAGAACAUACAAAGUCGUUCCCCUUACUCACGAUUCCGGGAUAAUUGAAUUUGUACCCAAUACGAUUCCCCUUCACGACUUUUUGCUACCAGCCCAUGAAAGCUACCAUCCAAGGGAUCUAAAGAAUUUAUCUUGCCGGAAAGUGAUAUUUGAGGCACAAUUGCAACUCAAGUCCCGCGAAUUUCGAGUGAGGGUGUUCCAAGAUGUUAUGAAGAGAUUCAGGCCUGUCAUGCGAUAUUUCUUCAUGCACAACUUCAAUGGACCGGAUGAUUGGUUCACCUCUAGACUGGCCUAUAGCCGAAGUACAGCUGCAACUUCAAUCCUAGGACAUGUUUUGGGUCUUGGAGAUAGGCAUGGCCACAAUAUCUUAUUAGAUGAGAAAAGCGGUGAAGUCGUGCACAUUGAUUUGGGUGUGGCGUUUGAACAAGGGCGGAUUCUUCCGGUACCAGAGGUGGUCCCAUUUCGACUUACUCGCGAUAUUAUAGACGGUAUGGGCAUUACCAAGACGGAGGGCGUUUUCAGGCGGUGCUGCGAAUUUACCCUGACGGUGCUUCGAAACGAGUCUUAUAAUAUCACCACAAUCCUAGAUGUGCUGCGAUAUGAUCCCCUCUAUAGUUGGACCAUUUCUCCACUAAGAAUGAAGAGGAUGCAGAAGCAGGAGCAGGAGGAAGAACCGCAAGUUGAGCGGGUGUUUAACCCGGAGAAAGAAGAGGGUGAAUCAGAAGCAGACCGUGCAUUGACGGUAGUGGCCAAAAAACUAUCAAAAACACUUAGUGUAGGGGCCACCGUCAACGAACUUAUCCAGCAGGCGACCGAUGUCGGAAACCUAGCAGUACUAUAUGCAGGUUGGGCAGCAUAUGUGUGA